GAUUCUCUGAGCAUCAGAUUGUUACUGAUAUGGAUAAGGUGAUCUAAAAUGGGUCUGACACAUGAACAGAAGAUCAAAAUCAUCCUUAUAUCUGGGGAACACAGCUAUCGAACAAUAGCAGCUGACUACAACAGAUGGCACACAGACAGAGAACCGGUAUCGCACAGCACGGUGACUCACGUGAUCACCAAAUUCUGGGAGGCGGGCUCUGUCCACAAUAAGGCACGUAGUGGGCGACCAAGGACUUCCACCAAUGUGGGAACUGCAACUGUGGUUGUUGCCUUGUUUGUGAAAAGUCCUAAACAAAGUACCCGUCGUGUGGCGCUAACGUGUGGAAUAAGCCAGUCCUCCGUUGUCCAGAUAUUGCACACCAACAAGUGGCAUCCUUAAAAGCUGCAGAUGCAACAUCAACUUAAUGAGGAUGGCCCUGAUCACCGGUUGGAGUUCUACCUGUGGGCUACUGAACAAAACGAACUGGAUCCUUUGUUUGCCAAGGGCAUACUGUUCAGUGAUGAGGUGUAUUUCACUUUGAACGGGGAGAUUAAUCAAUAUAAUUGUCGAUACUGGAGAGACGCAAAUCCGAACUGGGUUGCCCCAAUUCGAGAACAUAGUCUGGCAAAGGUGAUGGUGUGGUGUGGCAUAUGGGACACCCGCAUCAUUGGGCCAUUUUUCAUUUACAACACCUUAAUUGCACCACAGUAUCUGAUGCUGCUGCAGGACCUUGGGUUCCCUUCCACACUGAACACUGACAGCAUUUUCCCAUCUUAUUUUCAGCAUGAUGGCACCCCUCCAAACUACGGCAUCAGUGUCCAUGAAUGAUUGGAGGAACAACUGCCAGGGAAGUGGAUUGGUUGCCGUGGUCCGGUAGAGUGGUCACCCAGAUCCCCUGACUUAACGCCCCUUGAUUUUUAUCUAUGGGGACAUCUUAAACAGAUAGUGUGUGCUGAGAGCAUCCGUGAUUUGAGACACCUGGAUGAACGGAUACAACAUGCCUGUGACCAAAUUGCUGGAGACACUCUCCUCCAUGUGCAGUCAGAGUGGUUGCGGUGACUACAGUUGUGCAUUGCGCGAGAUGGACAAUACCUAGAACAUGUGUUGUAACAGUCGGUAUGAAGGUAAUUCCCCAACUUUGAAUGACAUUCACUCCAAAAGUUGUGGCCUCACAUCAAACCUAUGUUCCCAUCAUCACAUUUCAAUUUUCCCUUUAAUCUUCCAGGUUAUGAAGGUGUCCAAGGACUUUUGACUCACCCACUAUAUAUAGUGUAAACAAACAAACACACAAAAAUUUGUAUAGUUGAAUGUGUACAUCUCUUAAGCAGUCUGCAGAUCUUGAUUUUUUUUUCAGUCUUAUUCCACAGAAACAGUUGGUUAACAGAGUACUUGGCUUAUAAUGGGAAUGUUGUUACACGUAGCUGUGUCACUAAACAUGUUUCUUACAGCUAACACCUCCAUUUACUUUGUUGAGA